AUGGGGGUCGAUACUCGCAGACCACUCCUUCCCGCCCCCACAGAAUCCAUCAUCGAUAGCACGGGCGACAGCGCAACACCCACAGAUCUGGCCACUGACCUUUCUCGCCGCACAGACAAGACGUCGUACUCGAUCCCGGACGACGGCAGCCCUAUCACUGUCGCCACUCGGCGCCAUCGGGAUCACGACGAAAAGGUGUCGCGCUCACAUCGUGAUUCCCAGACUUCGCUUCUCAUCGAGUACUUCGAGGGCGGGAAAGGCCCAGGAGGCGUGUUAUCAAGACCCAGUGUGCGAGUGCGGGUGACGCCCUCCGGUGCCAGGAAGGCCAAAGACCGAGACCACAUCCAGAUCACCGAGUCCGGUGGAAGUCGCAAGCCAUCCUACACGCGCCGUAUCUCUCUCGCCUCGCCAUCGAAACAUAAACAACCGGCCGAUUCCGCGGUGGAUGAUCACAGCGCCAGUGACAGCAACUCAGCCGAGGAGGAGAGUCCACAAUCUUCACGGCGCCCGCCUGUUGAAAUCGAGUUUAUGAAUCGCGACCAAGGCAGCGAGCUGUCUGCAGUCUCGCGCGACACGAGAUACAUGCCUCCAUCAUCGGAUAUCUCGUCCAUGCCUGCCGACAGCAUGAUCGAUGCUCUCUCGUCGGCUGGACCUCGGCGGAAACGAAGCCAGAGUCUCGAGCGCGGUUCACCCCGCGAAGAGAAACAAAAAGGACAUUUGAAGGCACCUACCCGGCAACGAAGUCGUAGCUUGAGUACCGAGCGCAUCGCGCAUCGCGUGGCGGAGAAGCUCAACGAGUCGCCCAAAGAAACCACCGGCAGCAGACACAAGAGCAAGAACAAGAGCAAAAGCGUCGGCAAAGAAUAUCUUGAGGCUGAGCCGAAGUCAUCACGCCGACGACGCCACGAAAAGGCCGAAGAGUACAUCACCAGCCCAGAAUCGAGCCUUCUGAGCACAUCGGCAGUCUCGUCGAAUCGCAAAUCCGGCGACCAGUAUUCUAUCCGUUCUGGUGCCUCGAAAUCUUCAAUCAACAACCCUAGAUUACUGGAGACUGUCGAAGAUGCCAUCCGACGGUUAAUUCUACCGGAGUUGAAGGAGCUCAAGAAGGACCAAAAGGUCAUGUCCAACAAAUCCAAGUUUGAUCGGGAUAUGACCACAUCAUACUCGUCCACCAGCUCUAGAGAUGAAUUGGGUCGCCGCCUAUCAAAGCACGCGAGUGCCCCGGACGUCAUGAAACCCAUGGUUGUGUUGAACAAAGGCAGCAAAGACGAAGGAAUCAUUCUAGCGGGUGAGCCCGCAGCACGGUCCAAAGAGCGCAAGUCGAGCAAAAGUAGCGAGACUUCCGAUGCAGCCUGGGUCAAAUGGGGUCGUCCCGAGCUCACCGAGCAGGACAGAAUUCGCAGACAGAAGAGUAAAGGUCUUCGUGAUGCUCAGGCUGCUGGACGAGUUGGCUCAGUCCUGACCCAAGCGGCACUCAAACACCAUGACUCCAAUUCCAGUCUGGACAAAACCGAACGCAGCGAACGUAGAGAUAGUGGCUCCCGCAAGAGUGUUGACAGUUUCAAAAACAACGAGACUGAGCUCGCCUUCCAGAAACACAACAUACCGCUCAUGCCCAUGCACAGUGCAAUGGACUCGGAGUUGACUAGAGACUCUUUGCUAUCCGAACGCACGGAGAGUCCUAUCCCUCGCAAGAACAUCUCCCAUGGCGAAGUCACCCGCGGGUCGCCGAGACACCUCGCCUCUCCCACCACUCGUACCCCGACUCGAACCCCCUUGGACUCACGUCAUGAGCUAGGCAUGCGUCAUGGGAAUCAAUCACACCACAACCUCCCCAUGCACAGCACCUCAGACCGUGAUCUGCGUGACAAGAGCCAGUCUCCUGGAACUGGCUCUGGAGACUGGGCCAUUGCCGCUGCCGCUGCCGCCAACCUGCUUGACGCUGCUCAACCUGCACACCGGGCCUCGGACGGCGAACAGUACGGUCGGGCCCUGAGCCCUAUCCAGAGCGUUGCGAGUGAUCAGACCGAAACUCGUGAGGAUCACUAUCAAACCAAGCACCACCAUCAUCUCGAAGGCCAGCGAGGAAUGGAACCCCGCCUCUCGAUUGACUCCUUAUCUUCAGCACCCAGCACCAAUCUCGCACGAUCUACCCGCAAUGAUGCCAGUCCCAAGAGUCAAGGUGGGGCUUUCCAAGGCGAUGGAGGUCCUGAACUCGGCUACGAACAAUCCCGUGGCGUCUCCGGAGAAGACCACGUCUAUGGUCCUGACGAGGAGUCCAAGCUUUCGGGUGAUUGGGAGGACAGCGAUGUUGAUUUCAUGGACACGAUCAAGGAAGGCCAGCAUGUCACUGGCGGUGGCGUGGCUGCCAAUCCUCAGUUCGUUCAUCCAAUGGGCGUCGAAUCGGCAGUGGCCUCUCUGAUGGACCCUUCUGUUCUCGAGUCCCAGUCAACUCACUCUGGCAACCGCUCCCAGACGGAGUUUGCUGAACGAGCCGGCAGCCGAAGCCCCGAAAAGCGUGGAAGCCCUUUGAAGCAAGUACAGGAUGCUUCCAGUCCCGACGAGACGUCCUUCCCUCGCCGUAUGGGUGUUACAUCUCCCCCGCAGAGUGUUACUCAAUCUAUUGAAGAUUUGGAGGAGGCAGGCAUGGUAGCCGGUGCCGCUCGUGGAAUCCAAAGCCCUCACGCAGAUGCCGAUUCACGAAGCCAGGAGUCUGAGUCAGAGAUCAACACCAACCCAUCCAUCAUUCAAGGUCCGAUUGGUGGCGUUGGUCAAGGAAACCAGGACCACUGGGGAUAUGACUCGCGAUCACCACCAGCUGAGAUGCCGUACUAUGCUCAGUCUAGUGGGGCGAAGGAUAUGGGCCGCGAUGGACAGCGUGGUCUUGAUGCAGAGUACUACGAGACUGCCAGAAACAUAUUUGGUGGCGAUGACUACUACCCCGACCCGCAAGCUCAGCAGCUUUUCGGUACGCCUCCCGGGGCCAAGGACGAAGGUUAUGUGUCUGCCGCCAAUCCCAUGUCCCCGAGCAUUGGUACUCCCAAGCAAGGUAGCCGUGGUCUUGGUGGCGCGGAUGCUGCUGGCGUGGGUGUCUUGGACAGCCCCGCUGAGGCGGAUGAUCCAUUUACUUCUGGACACCAGCGACACUUGAGCGGCUACUCUCACGGCGUCGGCUCCCCAAUCUACGACAGUGCCACAGGCCGAGGCAUUGAGAGAAUUCAGUCAAAGGAUAUUGUCGCCCUAAUGGACCACCUUACUGUGCGCGAUGCUCAACGGAAUGCAAGAGACACGGAGAUUCUGGUUACUUUGGUCCGAAGUGCAGCCGAGAUGCGUACUUCCUUUGAAGCGAUGAAGAAGUUUAUCGCCCAGCAGGACGAAAUGCUCCAGGAUACCACCGAAAAGGAGCAUGACCGAACUUUGAAGGCCCUCGGCGGCCCCCGCCCAUUGCCUCCCAGCUCUUCUCGUGCCCGCCAGUUGAACGCAGAGGAAGAAGAACUCCAGUCCAAGCGGAAGAACAUUUUCAAGCGUGCACUCAAGGGUCUGAACUUGAAGUCGGGCAAUGACCUCACCAAGAUUGAGGGCAUGCUGGAGCAGUUACUUGAAGAGGUGGAGGCCCUACGAGAGGGGCAAGAUAUUUCAAGCACUCGCCCUGGAACUCGCCGGGCAAGUACCGACCCCACUGGAUUCAACACCGACGACCAGAACGGCGCACCUCUGGGCAGCCGCUCUCCUUACCGAGCAAGCCCGCGGCAGUCCAAUGCGGAUCCGCGCGUCAGUACUGUGCCCGAGGAGGACGAGGAUGAUGACGAGGAUCUCGAGAUCGACGGGGAUGACCCCUAUGUGACGGCGCACCUGCCUGUGCAACAGCUCCCUCGCCAUGAACGUGCUGGGUCCCUGCCUCUUUCCACACCUCCUCGCAAGCCUGUGGCUGCCGGAGCACGGAGCACGGAGACGACCCCCAAGGCCUCUGACAAGGCGGAAAAGGCUCGCAAGCACAAAUCGAGCACCUCCUCCAUCUUCCCCAAGAUCUCCCGCUGGUCCAAGACCACCGCAUCUUCCAUGGGUGACAACAUCCGCAACAGUAUCCAGCCUGCUCGCAAGGAGCGUCCGCAUUCCGAGAUCUCUCGCUCUGGAUCGGAUCUUGGCCAGGAUGCCUACAAGGGCGACUAUUAUGAUCCUCAAGGUGAUGACCGCAUUCGGUCCACGUACACUCUGGACGAUGACCACGAGCGUGAGAACCGGCCCCCGUCUCCAUUGGUUCCUUCUCAGGUCUCCGAGAAGCCCAGGUAUAGUGUCGACCGUGGCAGUCUCGACUUGCAGCACCCUCAGCCUCGACAGGGUCCCACUGGACGCUAUCAGAGCCACCUGGAAACCCAGGCGCAGGCUUAUUCUGGCCCGGAGUCACCGGCUUCAGAUCACUGGGGCUCAAACCCUAGCCUGCCACCAGUCAAUCCGAACCAGCAACGCUUCAGCGGCGGCAGCCGACUGUCUCCCAUCUCUGAUGCAGGCUACUCAGAGACAAGCUCCCGUCAGACUGGUCCGCCACGACCUCCGAAGGUCAAAGACGACGGGCCAUUGAUCCCAGAGCGGCCUCCCAAGGUCCCCGAGGACGAAGAGCAGACGUACGGAGACCGCGUUGUUUCACGGACCUCCGCCAUCCGCUCCCCACCAACGCGCAAGCCCACAGGCCCGCGCCCCCUCACAUCCGGCGGCUCCUACAGCCCCAGCAACAUCAAACGGACCCGGUACCGAGGAAGUCCGAUGCAGAUCGACUACGACGACGAUUACUAA